UCAUCAUCAGUGUACUCAUUUUUUGUGAAAAAAUAUUAUUUGUAAACAUCUUGUUUUAUAAAAUUGUUCAUAGACGACAUACUAGCUACACAAUCAAAAUGGCUACAAAGUUGAUAAUGUUUGUUGCUUUGUUCGGGCACUUGGCCUUUGCUUACCCACCCACCGAGUACAAAAGUUACGACGCCGACCACUACGACCACGCACCCAAGCCAUAUCAUUUCGAGUACGGUGUGAAAGACCUUCACACGCAUGACAUCAAGAGCCAAUACGAGGUCAGUGACGGUCACGGUAACGUCAAAGGAUCGUACCGUCUCGUGGAACCGGACGGUUCCACCCGCGUCGUCGAGUAUACCGCUGACCACGAACACGGUUUCAACGCUGUGGUCAAGAAGAUCGACGCUCCCCAUCACCACAGCGAGUACUCCGACACCACGGACUACCACCAUCACGAGUCACUUCAUCCUUACGGACACUCGUCAUACUGAGUUUUUUUUUUUUUAAAGCCUUUGUUAUACUGGAAAAUGUGUUACCAAAAACAAUCGCGUGGUUGAUGCUACGGAUUAUUUGCAGUGCACGUCAUGUACAUUUUUUAAUCGAAUAAAAAAUUCGCCAUUGUUAUACUUAAGACACGA